AUGGCGUCCCCGUUCCCAACAUCCUCCUCAGCACCAGGAGAGGGAAAUUUAGUCGUUGAUGUGAUGCCCCAAAAGAUAUCCGGUCUAUCUGCGAUGACUUUUCAAUAUCCUCUCAAGCUUAUCUCUCCAUCAUCAACAUCAUACCAAAAAAGUGUGCUCGUGUUUCUCUUGACGUAUGGAGGAGGUCUAGUCGGAGGGGACCAAGUCAAUCUCAAAAUUAUAGUCAAAAAAACCUCAAAACUGAGUAUCGUCACACAAGGACAUACCAAGAUCUUCAAAUCACUUUCCCCCGAUAUUGUUACCCGACAAAAACUUCAAGUGAUGAUUGAAAGCGGUGCUGCGCUAUGUUUGCUUCCGGAUCCUGUUCAGCCAUUUCAGUUCAGCGCUUAUGAACAGUCGCAGAUAUUUGAGGUAGCUGAUACCGGAUCGCUUUGUUUGCUGGAUUGGGUAUCGGCUGGGCGUACUGCUAGAGGGGAGGACUGGGACUUUUGGAAGUGGAGUGGUCGCAAUGAGGUGUGGGCCGCAAGCGAGGCGGGGAGGAAAAGAAGAUUGCUCCUAAGAGACAAUGUGUUCUUGAAUGCACAAGAACUGAACGACGAGGAUAGAGAUCAUUCUGUGAGACGAAAAAUGCAAGGCUUAGGUAUAUUCGGCACUCUUGUGUUGCGAGGGCCCCUUAUGGAAAAACUUGCCCUCUUCUUUCUCGAAGAGUUCGCGGCAUUGCCGAGAAUUGGGUCUCGAGAUUUUAGAUCUCAGGAUAUGAAAGACAAGGAUAGUAGCUUGGUUCUAUCCCCCCAAGAAGCGUGGAGAAAACAAAGGCUGAGGCAAGAAGCUUUGGAUGGAGUGUUAUGGUCUGCCGCGAAAGUGCGAGGUUGCACUGUCAUCAAGUUUGGGACUUGUACUGUAGAAGGUGGUAGAGUUUGGAUUGGCGGAAUGAUCAAACAAGAAGGGUCAAUAUCUGAUAAGUUUGGGGAAGAUUCGAUUAUGUGUAUACGAUGA